AUGGAGCCCAAUAUUGAGGACUACACUAUUGGGUGGAUAUGUGCUUUACAAGAAGAAUACGAGGCUGGAUGCCGUAUGCUUGAUGAGGAGUUUGACGGCCCUGAAAUAAACGGGAUGAAUGACGACAAUACCUACGUCUACGGCCGCAUUGGGCCGCAUAAUGUUGUCAUUGGGUGUUUACCAAGAUAUGGCCUCAGCCAAGCUACAAAUGUGGCAAAGGAUAUGGUGAGGUCGUUUCCGCAUUUAAGGUUCGCAUUGAUGGUCGGCAUCGGCGGCGGCGCACCCAGUCCAGAGCACGAUAUCCGCCUUGGCGAUGUCGUAGUCAGCGUUCCUCGAGGAGCGAAUGGGGGCGUGUAUCAAUAUGAUCUAGGGAAAAGCUUGGAAGUCGGUCGAUUUCAGCACUCUGGGCACCAAAAUUCUCCUCCAUCAUUGCUCCUCAGUGCAGUAUCCGAGCUACAACGACGCCAUAAUGACCCAAGAAAGCCUGACAUGAUCGCCGAAAACCUUGUUCGAAUGCAAGACAUGCCCACCUUCGGAGUGCCUCAAAGUGACAGCUUGUACCGUUCCGAAUAUCUUCAUUGUGGAGGAGCAGAUUGCUCAAACUGUGAUCCGGCUGCACUCAUUGGCCGGACAGCUCGGGUUAAUAUUCGCCAAGUCACUGUCCAUUACGGAACAAUUGCUUCUGGCAACACGGUGAUGAAGAACGCAGCUGUGAGGGAUAAGUAUGCAGGCGACCCCAAUUUGAAAAUAAUGUGUUUCGAAAUGGAGGCUGCCGGCUUGAUGAACCAUUUCCCAUGUCUAGUGAUCAGAGGCAUCUGCGACUACUCGGAUUCUCACAAGAACGAUGAAUGGCAUGCUUACGCGGCACUCACGGCAGCAGCCUACGCUCGAGCAUUGUUGCAUGUAGUCAAACCCACGAGGAUCACAUUGAUGCCAUCCUGGGCCGAAACGUUUGAUAAAACUCUGAAUCAAAUCAAGGAGCAAGUUUCAUCCGUGUCCGGGGCUACGGAUCGAAUCAAUAAGCACAAUCAAUCACAAAACCGACUGGAAGUCCUCAAUUGGAUCACGCCUCUCGAAUAUAAUGCCCAACAGUCUGACUUCUUUGAACGCAGCUGCCCUGGAACAGGUCUGUGGUUUUUGAAGUCGGAGGAAUAUCAAACCUGGAUGAGCACCGCGGGCCAAACGCUUUACUGCCCAGGAGACCAUGGAGUGGGCAAAACGAUACUUGCGUCUAUCAUCAUUAACGAUCUUUUACUUCGGUCAAUGGAUGAUAUGAAUAUUGGGCUCGCAUACAUUUAUUGCAGCUAUCUGCAACCGCGAGAGCAAAAGCCUGCUGACCAUAUGGCAUGUCUGCUCAAACAACUUGCCUCAAGGUCUUCCUGCCUACCAAUGCCUGUCAUCGAGCUGUACGAUCGGCACAAGACCGAAAAAACGCGGGCAACAUUGCAGGAAACCUUGGAAACUCUUUCCUGUGUCGCAAAGAAGUUUUCCCGAAUAUUCAUUGUCAUUGAUGCCCUUGAUGAGUACCCGAUCACUGACGGCGGACGAUCAAAAUUCAUAUCAGCGCUCUUGGCACUUCAGAGCCAGACCUCAAUCAAUCUUUUAGUAACCUCAAGAAAUUACCCAAUCAUCAAACAAAGGAUGGAAGGAAGCCGUACUUUGGAAAUUCACGCUAACGACAUGGAUCUACGUCGAUAUCUCCAAGAACGUAUUGUCCAUGGAGAGUCAAAAAUUUUGCAGCGGCCUGAUUUUCAAGAAAGUGUUGCUGAAGGUGUUAUCAAAUCUGUAAAUGGGGUCUUUUUACUUGCCAAGCUCCAACUGGACUCCCUCUUGGACAAGAAGCUACCUAGAGACAUAAGACAGGCGCUAGAGAGUCUUCCAUCUGGAUCCGAGGCUUACGAUCGCGCAUACGAAGAUGCAAUGACCAGAAUUAACUCUCAGGGCGCGAGUUCAGUUCAAUUCGCUAGGCGGAUUUUAUCUUGGAUUGUAUUUGCAAAAAGAGACUUGAGCCCUCCUGAGUUGCAGCACGCCGUAUCAGUACGACAUGGUGACCAAGAUAUCACCCAGGAGGAUCUCUCGGAUAUUGCAGACAUCCUAUCCGUCUGCGCUGGGCUAGUUACUGUGGAGGAGCACCGAAAUGUAGUCGGGCUCAUACACAAGACUACCCAAGAAUACUUUCAAAGAACAUACAUGCGAUGGUUCCCUGACGCAAAUUCAGUUUUAAUCGACACAUGCAUUACCUACCUCUCUUUCAAGGCGUUUGAGGAGGGCCCAUGCGGAACAAGAAUCGCCUUUGAGACCCGGAUUCAGAAUUGCCCUCUUUGUGUUUACGCAGCGAACUAUUGGGGAAAGCACACCUACAACAACACCUAUUUUAUUGAUCAAGUUGUUAACUUUCUCAAGUCGACUAAAAAGACAUCAUCAGCUUUUCAGGUAGUUGAAGCCACGAAAAUACCUUGGAGAGAGAUUGGUCCUCAAUAUACUGCUACCGACAUGCCAGGUCUUCAUUUAGCAGCUUAUUUUGGGAUUCAUGAAGUAAUACCCAAGCUUGCCGAAGUCGGAUCUGUUGAUCUCGUUGACUGGCGCGGAAGGACUGCUUUAUGGUGGGCGUCAAGAAAUGGCCAUGAACGGACUGUUGCCUUGCUGCUUGACCAUAAGGCCAAUUCGUGCAUAGGGGACAGUGAAAGCUUAGCACCGCUAUGGCUAGCAACAUAUAGGGGCCAUUUAAGUGUUGCAGAGAUACUGAUAGAACGAGGUCAUGCGAAAGAUAUUGACUGUCGUCUACCUACGCUCUGCUUGGCCGCGGAGAGGGGCUACUUGAGCCUAGCCAAGCUUCUUAUUGACAGCGACCUCGAUAUUAUAGAUCUUCAGUACCGCUUCAGGAGACCACUUUUGUUAGCUACGGAACAAGGUCACUCUAAGGUAGUGAAGCUCCUACUCGAAAAUGGGGCGUAUACUGAAUCAAAAGACGGGGAUUCACGAACACCAUUAUCAUUAGCAGCUGAAUCCGGAAACCAAGAAAUUGUCAAGCUCCUGCUUUAUCACGGCGCCAACGUAAAACCUAGAGAUUCUCGGGGGAGGAUUCCUCUAUGGUAUUCUAUUAAAAACGAACGCGAUGUUACUCAAAACGAACAUGAAGCGGUCGCACGGAUUUUACUUGGGGCUGGUAUGAAGGAUGGUAGCCAAAUUGAAGACGAAAUUAGAACGACCUUGGCACUUGCAUCCGAUCAUGAUUAUUCUAAUAGACAGCCGAAUCUACAGUAUGAGCCUUGGUUUGAGGAUGAGGAGUUAAAAAGCCGAAGAUCAAUCGGGCUCAAUAUGCUCGUGGAUGAUCCCGCGGUAAAGCGAUGUAGCCAUUACCCCGGGGACGCUAUGGAUACUCUUAUUUCGUUCGUACAAGAUGGCAGCGCUCCUUAUCAGGGCUCUCGGAAGGAUGCUUACUACGGGGCUUUCCCUGGUUUCCUUGACGGUGCUCUUCGCCCAGAAGGCUUAUCAUGUGGCCGAUCAGACUUCUUUCAGUCCGCGUAUGAGGAGGAUGACUCAAUGAGCAAUUGUAUUUGUGACAAAAGUCCAGAUGGUUGGUUCACGAUGAUGUAUGGUUACUAA